AUGGAAUCAGAGCUUGAGAAAUUUAGACAAGAGUGGCGUCAGGAAGUUCAAAAAAGGGCUAUACCUGAAAAGUCUAAGAUAAAUGAGACUAGAAAAAUUGAUAACCUUGAAAAAAAACUUGAAAACUUACCUAAAAGAGUUCCAUCAUCAUUAGGUCCUGAUUUAGAAGUCUUCCAUGGAGAAGAACCUCCUACUCCACGAUCAUUUACUCCUGAAGAAUGUGAUGCUUUAGCACUUUUUGAAGCAGCAGUUGAGCGUGAACACGCAGGAAAGCUUUCGGAUGCAGUUGUACUUUACCGAGAUGCAUUCAGGGCAAAUGAUAAGGUUGAUCGAUUAUACCGUGAUAAGUGGUUUAGCCAUGAGAAUCAAAAGAAGAAAAAUAAACAAACAAGUGGACCAAUGACUGCACCAGAGACUCCUGAUGAACAGGAGGAUCAAAAUCAAGAUCAAGAUCAAGACCAAAAUCAAGAUCAAAAUCAAAAUCAAGAUCAAGAACAGGAACAGGAACUUGAAACCAAAAUUAAAACAUUAAACUUGAACCGUUCUGAAGAUGUUUUACCUGCAGACGAAACUAAAUAUUCACCCUUUGCACAUUCCAGAUUACCCAACGAAAUUGUGGAAGCUAUUUUAUGUCAAGUUGCAUUGUUAGACCCAAGAGCAUUUGUAAGGGCACAAGCAUCAUGUAAAUUGUUUCAUAGGGUGGCUGCACAAUCACCACAUAUUUGGCGAGCAUUGGCACUACGAGAAUAUCCUGAUCAAAAAUAUGAUUCAGAAGCAUUUUUACAAGUUUAUGGAGAAGAUGUUUGUUGUAAGGAUUCAAUUAGUUCUAAGGAAUCUGCUGCUCUUUGGCGUGAUGGGACUAAAUGGAAAGGUCAAUGGCGUGCUAUGUAUAUGCAUAGACCAAGAGUUAGGUUUGAUGGAGUGUAUGUAUCAACAUGUAAUUAUGUGAGACCUGGUCGUGGUGAUGGAUGGUCUGCACCUAUGAUUAUGGUGACUUAUUAUCGGUAUUUACGAUUUUUCCGUGAUGGUGCGGUAUUAUCAUUAUUAACGACGGAUGAACCCAAAGAUGUUGUUCCUGCAUUUGAACGAGGGAAGAUUGGUGGUGGUUCAUCUACAGUACGUCAAGAUGGGUCGGUAUUUAUAUUACCAAGAACAGUAGUUGGAGGUACAUGGAAACAUACUGAUUCUCAAGGAUCUAUACUUGUACAUACUGCAGGAUCUGUUCCAGAGUAUGAAUUUUGGUUAGAAUUACAAGUUCGAUCAUCUGGAACUCGAAGACAUAAUAAGUUAAAAUGGGUAACGUUUUUUGCUACUGAAAGAAUGACCGGUGCACGUACCGAUUUUGGACUUCUUAAUGAUCGACCGUACUUCUUUGUACGCUAUACUUGGUGA